AUGGCGAUAGACAAACGACGCGAGGCGGCGGGCGGCGGGCCGGUGCGGCACCAAGCCCCGGCCGAGGAGAACGGCUCCCUGCCGCCUGGGAACGCAGCGGCCUCGGCGCCCCUCGGGGGACGUGCGGGUUCCGCUGACGGCGAGAUCCAGUCACUGCCCCCUCUGCCCGCGGCCUCGGCUGCCGGAGGCCCGCACUCGGGCUGCUGCGCGUCCGCGUCGGCGCCCAGCCUCCUGUUGCUGGACUAUGAUGGGUCCGUGCUGCCAUUCCUCGGAGGGCUGGGCGGGGGCUACCAGCGGACCCUCGUGCUGCUCACUUGGAUUCCUGCACUCUUCAUCGGCUUCAGCCAGUUCUCGGACUCCUUCCUCCUGGACCAGCCGAACUUCUGGUGCCGUGGGGCGGACAAAGGGGCCCCUGUCACGGGCCGCUGGGGCGCCGUCGACCUGGGGAACUGGAGCAACCCGCUGGCCACCACCACCUUUUCCACUGUCGCCUGGGGGACCACAGGCAACCGAAGCAAAAGCAGUGGUGUGGAGUGGGCUGACACGCCACCUCUCCCGUCUCCUCCGGACAAGGGGGACAACGCAUCCAACUGUGAUUGCCACGAGUGGGACUAUGGCAUUCGCACCGGCCUCGUCCAGAACGUGGUCAGCAAGUGGGAUCUUGUGUGUGAUAAUGCCUGGAAGGUCCAUAUCACUAAGUUCUCCUUACUGGUUGGAUUAAUCUUUGGCUACCUAAUAACUGGAUGCCUUGCCGACUGGCUUGGCCGGCGACCUGUGCUGCUGUUUUCCAUCAUCUUCAUCCUGAUCUUUGGACUGACCGUGGCACUGUCAGUGAAUGUGACAAUGUUCAGCACUCUCAGGUUCUUUGAAGGAUUCUGCUUGGCUGGAAUAAUUCUCACCUUGUAUGCAUUACGAAUAGAACUGUGCCCCCCUGAAAAGCGGUUCAUGAUCACCAUGGUGGCGAGCUUCGUGGCCAUGGCUGGGCAGUUCCUCAUGCCAGGACUGGCUGCCCUGUGCCGGGACUGGCAGGUGCUGCAGGCCCUCAUCAUCUGUCCCUUCCUGCUCAUGCUGCUCUACUGGUCGUAA